AUGAACGGCCACAGCCCCCAGCCCCCUCCCGAUCAAGAAAUCGAAGAGCAAAGCCUCGUCAUCCAGAAGAUGGUCGAGAAACAGACGAACGACUACCUCAAUUAUCUCACACAAGUCAGAAACUGGGUUGUGGAAUGUCUGAAGGACGAUUCGGUACCCCCAGCCGCCUCUCUACCCGGAGCUCUAUCAAAUGGCGUCCUCCUAGCUCGACUUGGCCACUCUUUUGAGCCCGAGGUGGUCCCGCUCAAGAAUGUAUUUGAUUUGGAUGAGAAAAUCUACAACGCCCGGCUGGCCGCGACACCCGACGAUCCGGAAAGAGCGAAAAACUACAAAUACACGAAUAAUAUCAACCUGUGGAUGGCCGCGUUGCAGAAGAUAAAGUUGCCCAAGAUCUUCUACCCGGACACCGUCGACGUCUACGAGGGCCGAAACGUACAAACCAUCUACUGCAUCUACGCCAUGGCCAACCUCCUCUUCCGGAUGCGUCGCGGUCCGCCAAUCCGCGAGGUCAAACACCAAGUAUAUACAGAGGAAGAACGCGCAAAAGUCGAGGACCAAGCGAAAAAUCUGCCUGCGUUCGGCAAUGUUGGCAAUAUUAUCAGCGGAUCCAGGAAAGAAGACGCCCUCCGCAAAGCUGCAAUUGAACAAAUCGAGGCGGCGGUUCGGGAGAGGGACAAUGAAAAGCUUCUGCCAGCCCUGCAGCAUCACGACGCGCAGAUAUGGGAUGUGGAGGCCGAUCUGCUUGACGAGUACGCACAGCUAUUACAUACGCAACUAGAGACCGAUGGGUCUUUGACGGCAAAGAGCGUGCAGACGGCCGUCAGCGAGACGAACACCGAAAGCGCGUUGAAGAAGAUUGACGCACUGCUCCGGGAGACAAACGUGCCGCACCCAUUGCUGUGGGACUACUUGACGCUUUUGCAUCCGGAAACCGCGCUACGAAUGAGCGCUAUGCCCCUCUACAUUGUCCUUGUCCGCGAGAGCCUCAACGCCGGCGCCGAGCUGAAGAAGGAGGACGUGGCCCGGGUGGUGGCUGAGGCCAACGCGCUGCUUGACGUGAAAUUGGCCGCAGUACAUGACAAUCCACGGGACACGCUGGACGCUUUGCGGAACGCGGUGCUUGAUCUUGACGUAGAUGAUCAGUACGCCAAGCCGUACCACAAGAGACUUGCCGAGCAGUACCGUGACACCCCAGAAGACUUCUUCCUCCGCCGCAACGAGCUCGAGCAGAUCGUCGUCGAGUUCAAGGAGUUGUCGCCCGAACUGUGGAGCGCGAUGCAAGUCCGGUCGGCUGUAGAACGCCAAGACCGCGAGACGCUGGGGCAGCUUUUAGCCGAACUGUUCCCCGACGUCUACAUCGCUGAUCAUCUCGACUUCUACCAUGAAUCGCUGAAGGCCAGAGGAGGCAUGUUACCCCAUGGAGAGCUCAAACAACAACUCGAACACAUCAACACUGACACCUCAAAAGCCUUCGAAACGGCUGAAUUGUUGGUCGUGCUCAACGAGGCGUUGAAGACGAAUGACCGAGAGAAUGCUGGGGCAACGCUUCAGCUGCUAGCUAGAAGGAAUCCAGAUAAAUCCACCAGCUUCCGAAAAGACCUUCUCGAAUGCUACCUGGACGUCCUCUUCGAAGAAACCGUCACAAGGAGCAAACGUCGUCUGGAUAAGGCUGAACCCGAAGGAGAAUCCUGGUUCUGGCACGAGACCCCCGUUGGUACGGUGGCCGUCGAGGUCAACGAGCGAAAAUUCCACGCGGGACCCAAGGAACCGAGGAAAUCUGAUUUCAUCCAGGCUGAUGAGCUGGAGAAAACCUACUUCCAGCAGAAUUUGGCGGUGGCCGAGAAGGUGAAACGAAACACGGAAGAACGACAAAAGAACGAAGCCGCAGCCGCGAUUCAACGCCAAUACCGGAAGUGGCUCGAAGAGAAGAAUGCACUCAAUACCACCGAUUCACCCUCACUGGCCCUGUUGAGGAGAUACCUGCCGAAAAAGGAGGAGCAAGAGGCGCAGCUGGCCGAGCAGUUGGCCAUCCAACAAGAAAAAGCCGAAGUCAUCCAACUGGCCAUGUCAAAUCAACAGCUCGGCACUUUGCUUGAGGAACAAUACACCAAUAUCGGGCUCCUCAUCAAGAACAAAAUGAAUCGACAUGACAUUCUGGCGCACAAGAAAAAGGUCGACGACUCGGCCGGCUCGUUCCACGCCCGGACGUUUACGCUGAAGAGGAAGGAAAAGGAGAUGACCGACAAACUGGGGCAGCUCUUCUACCUCCUUCAAACGGAACCUAAGCAUUUGGCAAGCUUGGUUUUGGCGACAUCCCCCGAAAAGCACGACAGCCUCCUCGCCAAAGUCGUCGCCCCAAUCUACGGCCAUCUCGCUGAGAACCGGGAGCAAUUUUUGGCUGUCGGCCUUCUAACCGAGCUGCUGAAGGCCGGCCUCGAGCAGGCCAACACUGCAAAUGUCAACUCGACACCCCAGAUUCAGAUUGUCGCCUCGGCGCUGCGUUCCGGCACGUUCUCCCCAAUGGUGCCCAAGCUCAGCCAAAAGCCCGUCGUCGCCGUGCUCGACGAGUUCUUCGCCGAGCAAAAGCUCGAGGUAGAGAAUGGCGAGAAUCAGGAUGGAGGGCAAAUGAUCUUCAACCUCGACCCCGAGGACAUCUACAAGUCCAUUUAUGGCCGAGUCGCCGAAGACCCCGAAUCGGCGGCCAGCUGUGAGAAAGUGAAGGCGAUUAUGGACGGUUCAAAGGAGUUCCUCGUACUGUGGAGCGAGCGGCUGGCCGAUGCUCUUGCGGAGAAUUAUGUCCUGUCGAAAGGCUUGCGGCUUUUGGGCACAAACUUCCGCACCCUCCUGGCCACUCGAUUCCCGGGAGUAAAUCAGGAAAAUCGGGACAACAUCGUUGCCAGCCUCUUGUAUGAGGCCAUCAUCCGCCCGCAAAUCGGUCUCCUCAAUUGGCAACAACAUGCCCAACCCGGAGAGGAACUCCCAGAAGCUUGCCGCCAAAAACUCGAGUCUGUCGUCCAAUUCAUCGGGUUCGCCGUGGCGAACAAGGGCUACAAGAAAAAGUAUCUGGAUUCGCUAAACAGCCACCUCCACCUCAUCAACGUCGCCUUCAGGAAAUCCCUGAUCGGUCAGCUGGAAGACACGGGAAGCGAGCGGCUGUAUGGCAUCAACCGCUUCUCGGUGUACAACCCGGCCGAAAAGCCGUCGCUCUCCAUCCUGGCCGGCGAUCUGAAGCGCGUCAUCGACUACGUUCACAAGCAUCACAAGAAUAUGUCGAUGGAUGGCUCCGUGUCAAAACUGACAUCGGCAUGCAAAGCGCCACACGAAUCCGAUCCCGAACAGGUGAUCCUCAUCUUCCUCCACCCUGGCUCCAUCAACCCGCACAAGCAAAACGAGCCGGAUGAGUUGUUUGUUAGGACCAAGAUGCACAUCACCGAAUUGCUGCAAAGUGGGGUGGCAGCGAAUUCCGUGUCCGAGCUCGUCACCGCCAGGCCGUCAGAUGAGAAUGAGGAUCUGCAUUCGCAUCUUUACCCGGAUAGCGGCACUAUCCGUGAGGUGCAAAUGUCAACCCGAGAAAACCUUCAAAAACUUGUCGUUGAGGGACGUGUCGCGGAAAACGAUGGAUAUCAGGCCCUCCUCACUGAUAUCGCCGAUGAUAUCCGUCAAUCCCAGUCGCGGAAAGACGAUCGUUCCGAGCAGAAGCGCAGUCUCGACGAAACCCGACAAAACUUGGUCCUGCAACGCGAAGAGCUGAGGAGCCGCCAUCAACAAUACUCGGACUACCUGGAGAAUUGUCUGGACAAUUUUUCCCGCACGACAAAGAGAAUGUCGAUUAGGCCCACCUCUGGAAAAGCCGAGAAAAUUCAGAAGGCCCGUCUGUCGCACGAUACGCGCAAUAUGACCUACAAAGCCAGCGGCGAUAAGCUGCACAAGAAGGGGAUUCUCGACUCGGUUGAAGGCGUUGAGAAGUUGUCCAAGCUAACCAUCAAAAUCAACGGCUCCGAGACGGCCGGCGCCUUCGAGAUGGUCAUUUCCGACGGCAAGAAGUUCGAGAAAUCGGCCGUCGUCACGAUUCAGGAGUUGCUCACCGCGGAAGACAACCAAGAGCAAAAAUUCCGGGUGGCCGAUGCGGCCCUGUUCGCCACCGAGCCGCUGAUUCAGCUUUUCCACAAAAAGUUUUACAACAAA